AUGGGGCCAAAGAAGCGAAACAUGGCUCCUUGUCCAAAAUCCUCCCAGCCACCAUCACCAUCAGCCGCCCACGGUGGUAACCCACCUGAAUUAGAAAGAAACAGCAGCAUAGAAGGAACUACUUCAUCAUCCUAUGCUUCUAUCAAGCAAGAGAGCGGGAAAGCCUUCGCUGCUCUGCGCCGAGGGAACCACAAGAAAGCCCUAAAGUGGAUGAAUGAACUGUGCUCUAAAUACGAGAACUCGCCCUUCAUUCACCAUGCCAUGGGGUCUGUUUUUGUCAAGUUAGCUUCUGACACUAAUGACCUAAAUGCCAAACAGCGUCAUUUCAAAAACGCAACAGAGAGCUCAAGGAAGUCCAUCACAUUGUCCCCGAAUUCUGUUGAAUACUCUAUUUUCUAUGCUAAUUUGUUGUUGGAGAUGGCGAAUGAGGAAGAGGGGUAUCACGAGGUGGUGCAGGAGUGUGAGAGGGCAUUGGCAAUUCAAAACCCUACGGACCCGGCCGAAGAGACACUACGGGAGGGGUGCUUUGAGAAGAUUUCCACGGCCGAGGCUCGAGUUGCCCACGUGAAGAAUGAGUUGCUUUCUUUGAUUCAGAAGAUGGACAAUGCAUCUGAGUACCGUCAGAAGAUUUCUUCUGCGGGGGCUCGAGUUUCAGAUGUGCAAAAUAAGUUAGAGUCUUUGAUUCAGAGGUCGAACACUGCACCCAAGUAUGAUCGGAGUAUUUCCACCUCCGAGGAUCCAAAUGCCUACGUGAAAAAUGAGUUACGGUCUUUGAUUCAGGACACGAAACUUGUAUCUGAGUUCCAGGAGAAGAUUUCAAGUCAGUUGGAGUCUUUGAUUCAGCAAACGAACAUUGCAUCCAUUUCGUCUAGGAUAAAAAAUCUGGGCAAUGAAAAGGACCCAAGGGAAAUGGGACCAUUACCAGGGAUUAAGAAGGCAUCUAAGACUACCGAGGAACGUAGGAAGGAAAUUGAGGUGAGGGUGGCUGCUGCUCGGCUUCUACAACAGAAAUCUGAGUCCCUUCAGUGUGGUGAUGGGGAUGGGGACAAUAAUAGUAUCGAUAACGAUAAUAAUAAGGGGAUAGGACAGAGAGUGGGAGAAAGAAGGAAAAGUGGGAAUGUGAGGAGAAACAUUUCUUUGGUUGAGAUAAGGGACUGGGUUUGGUCUUAUUGGAACUCAAUGAAUUUGGAUUGGAAGAAAAAGUUUCUUAGUGUAAGGAUUUCAGAUCUCAAGGCAUAUACUGAUUUGUACAAGGUAGAGUCAGUGAGUGAGAUGCUUAAUGAAGCCUUAUCUUUUGGGAAAGAAAAUAAGGCGUGGAAGUUUUGGCUGUGCUGUCGCUGCAAUCAGAAAUUUGCCGAUGCAGAUUCACUCGGGAAUCAUGUCGCACACAAGCAUUUGUGGACUUUGUUACCCAAAUUUCAGUCAAUUAUACCUGAUAGAACGGAUAAGGAGUGGGCUGAGAUGGUUCUUAAUUGUUCUUGGAAACCAUUGGAUUUAAAUGCUGCAAUCAAGAUGCUUAAAGAAGAGUCAAAAUUUGAGGCACCUAAUGUCCUUGAUGAGUCGAACCCAAGAAAUAAUACACCCGAAAGCAAGGAGUUGGAAGAUGACAUAAAGAAAAGUUUCCUUUAUAAAAGCUGGCAUUCAACUGAUGACUCAGACCGUGCCCGACUCCUGGACAGAAUCCAUACCUCAUUUGAGCGGCUUAUCAAAUGCAACUAUCUCGCCUCAAGUCAUGUUAGCAAGGUUAUACACUUUGUAGUGGAGGAGCUAAAGGGUCUUGCUGAUGGUUCUCAGCUUAUUAACUAUAAUAUAGAGAAAUCACCUAUGUGUAUCUGCUUUCUGGGUCCUCCUGCUCUUCAGAAAAUCUUGCUUCUUUUGCAGGAAAUUUCGCACGACAUUUUUUCUUGCAAACAAGAUAAAUAUUCUGAUAAAAGUUUCACUCAGAUUGUUGACAUUAUGGAGAAGAUAUAUUUUACACCAGAUGAUUUAGCUCUGGUGCUUGAUCUCAAUUCUUCAUCAUGCAGUGAUGCUGGUAAUGGUGAUUCUAGUUCAGCAACUUCAUCGCAGAUCUGCUAUGAGAAUGAGGAUGUCAUACUUGAUUCAGAUGCAUUAUUGACCUGGAUAUUUACAGGCCCCUUGUGUGCGGAACGAUUGACAUCCUGGACAUUUGAAAUGGAAGAGAAAACAAGGCAAGGUAGGGAAAUUCUUCAGUUACUUGAGGAGGAAUUUCAUAACUUGCAGGGCUUGUGUCAUAGGAAAUAUGAGUAUUUAAGUUACGAUGAGGCAUUGCAGGCUGUGGAUAAUCUCUGUUGCCAAGAGAGCAUUAAAAGAGAGCACGUUAUAGAUUAUGUCCCCCAAAGUUUUGAAUCUGUCCUGAGGAAGCGGCAAGAAGAGAUCAAUGGAAGUGACAAUGGAAUUAUCAAUAUCAGCAAUAGGUUUGAGUUGGAUGCAUUGGCAAGUGUUUUAAAGGAUGCAGAGUCCUUGAAUGUAAUCAAGUCUGGAUUUGAGGAAACCUAUAGUGCUAUGACAUCUCAACCUUGCGACGUAGAAUCUGGUGAAGAUAAUGAUGGGAGAAUAAAAGACUAUUUGCAGCAGGAGGACUCCUGCAUAGAAAUUGAAAUACAGAAACAGAAAGACUUUGUGUGUAUUGAGCUCUGUAAAAUUGAUGCAAGGAUCCUGCGAGUUAUGAAUUUGAUGCAUCAGUUGGAAGUUCGCCUUAACCCGGCGGCUGCCCAUGAUUUUAGAUCAAUCUUGGUGCCUCUAGUGCAAUCAUAUUUGCGAGCAUGUUUGGAGGAUCUGGCAGAGAAAGAGGCCACAAAGAAAUCUGAUGCUGCCAGAGAAGCACUUUUAGCGGAACUUGCUGCUGAUUUUGGACAGGGUUUUGGUGGAGAGGAUAAUUCAAGACAUAUGAAAGAGAGGACGAAGGAUAAGAAAAAGAGCAAGGAGAACAGGAAAAACAAGUAUUCAAAGGACAGUGGUGAUAAUGUGCUGUGUAUGAUUGAUGAUCAGACAUCUGAAGAGAUAUCACAUAUAACUGCUCACAACGGCGAGGAUCCUGAUGCUGCAAUUUGUUUUUCUGGCACUGGUGUCACUUUAAGACAACAGGAAGAGGAAUACAAGCGUGAUAUCAAACUUGAAUAUGAGGAAAGAAAGAUUGGAGAAACUAUGGAAUAUGAAAGACAAAUUGAAAAGGAGAUAAAACAGAUGCAUCUCACAGAGCAAUCUGUGUCGUCAGAAAAGGAAAAUGAUGAAGUUGGUGGCGGAGUGUUGCCAACAAAGAAGCAGCCAGAAAUGGGCGACUUGGACUUUCCAUCAAAUAAAGUCAGGGUUGAUGGUUAUACUGAAAUGGAUAUAUAUGGCCCAGGUCUGAAAAAUGAAGUCGGUGAAUAUAAUUGCUUUGUCAACGCCAUAAUACAGUCCUUGUGGCACCUUAGACGGUUUCGAGAUGAAUUUUUUAGGAGAUCAUCAUCUGGACAUGUUUGUGGCGGUAAUCCUUGUGUUAUAUGUGCUCUAUCUGAUAUCUUCAUUUCUCUGAGAACGCUAUCUACGUAUACUCGAAGAGAAGCUGUUGCUCCUACUUCAUUGAGGGUUGCUCUGAGCAACCGGUCUCCUGACAUUAAGUUCUUCCAGGAGGGACAGAUGAACGAUGCUUCUGAAUUGCUUUGGGUUAUGUACCCAGAAAAUACCUUUGACGAGCUUUUAAAUCUGGUUGAGAUGAAUCAACAGUUAGCUUGUGAUCCAGAGACUCAUGGCUGUGGAAAGCUCAACUACAUUCACCAUGUUCUCUCAGCUCAACCCCAAAUUUUCAUAACUGUUCUGGGUUGGCAGAAUAAUUGUGAAAGCCUCGAUGACAUAAGAGUAACAUUAGCAGCCUUGUCGACUGAGAUUGAUAUCAGUGUGCUCUAUCAUGGUCUUGAUCCAAAAAGUAUACAUUGCUUGGUUUCCAUGGUUUGCUAUUAUGGGCAGCACUAUAUUUGUUUUGCCUACAAUCACGAAUCAGAACUGUGGAUCAUGUAUGAUGACGAAACUGUAAAGGUAAUUGGUGGCUGGAAUGAUGUUGUUCCCAUGUGUGUAAGAGGACGCCUGCAACCCCAAGUCCUCUUUUUUGAAGCUGUAAACUAG